GUCUUCCCAGCCCCAGCGACCGAAAAGUUGGGGGGUCGUCGAGCCACACGGGGGUCUGUGCCCUCUAUACCAUGUGGAGUGCCCCCUUCCAUCCGGUGACUUCAGUGCCCAGCUAUGCGGGGGGAGGGACCGGGGUCGGGCCCGGUGCCCGGGAGUGAGUCACCCGCCGGCGGCAGGGGGGUUGUGGAGACCUGCCCCCCCAGAGUCCCGCGCUACUCCUCAGCCCCCUCCUGCGCUGCCGUGUCCCGGUCGGGCCGUGCGGUCACCUGUGAGGAAUGCGGGGGGAGGGCGCCUGUGACUCACGUUAUUCGAGCCGGCCGACCCUGACCUCAGACCCCAGAAUAGCCACGCCCCGCCCCCAGCCUCUGACCCGCGGCCCCCUCCCCAGGCACCGCCCCCUGCUCUCGCGGCAGCUCCUGGAGCGCGGACCUAGACAAGUGCAUGGACUGCGCGUCGUGCCCGGCGCGACCGCACAGCGAUUUCUGCCGGGGCUGCGCUACAGCACCCCCUGUCCCUUUCCGGUUGCUCUGGCCCAUCCUGGGGGGCGCCCUGAGCCUGGCCCUGGUGCUGGGGCUGCUUUCUGGCUUCCUGGUCUGGAGACGGUGCCGCAGGAGAGAGAAGUUCACCACCCCCAUAGAGGAGACCGGCGAAGGCUGCCCAGCCGUGGCGCUGAUCCAGUGACAGUGCGUGCCCCCUGCCAGCUGGGCCUCAGCCACUCAUCAUUCAUUCAUCCCUUCGAGAGCCAGCCCCUGCCUCCCAGACACAGCUGGAGCCAAGUUCCUCCAGCCACAGGGGGGGGCAGGGAGCCAGUGAAUCACCUCAGGCCUGGCCCGGGGUUCAGGGUGGCCUUCCAAGGUGCCUGAUUGCCCUGUCUCAGGCCCCAGCACAGAAAAGGAGCCUUAUGCUGGCUGACACUGAUUAAGGAACUGCAGCAUUUGCACAAGGGGGUGUCCCCCCCCACCCCCCGGGGCCAGGCUGACUUGAGGGGCAGCCACCACACACAGACACCAUUCACUCAGAUGUGCUGAAAUUCCACCAUGGGGUCUCAGCCUGGGGGUUAGGGACUUGUUCUUAACGCUAGGGGGCUGGCCCUCUAGGAGGGCUGGCCCUAAGACACAGACCCCCCACCCCCCACAGGGGGAAGGAGAUAUUUAUUUUGGGGAGAAACUUUGGAGGGGAGGGAGAAUUUAUUAAUAAAGGAAUCUUUAACUUUAAA